UUACCUAACAAAAAAAGAAAGAAAGAAAUAUUAUGGUAAGAUCAGACGUGAUGGGCAGUUUGAAAGUAGCAGAUAGUUUAUUAUCCAAAUGCAUUUCUUCAACCACCAUUGCUCCACAGAGUUUAGGGAUCUGUAGAGGAUUUGUGUCCGCUACGAGACCUUCACAAAAAGUGAAAGGAACAGGCGGAGACGAUGAUAGAUAAAGAGACGUGCGAAAAAGUAAUAGAAGCAGCGAAUGCAAUAACAGAGAGUGCGAGAGAGGUUAGACAUGUUGUUCGCGACGUCAAAGAGGCCGUCGCUAUUGGAGCUGAAUCUGCAGCGAUAAAGGUGGCGGAGAAAGCCAUGGAGCAAGCAGCAGAAGGAGAGGAAGAGGAAGAGGAAGCGGAAGAGGAAGAGAGUGAAGAGAAAGGGUCAUGGGAGAAAGUGACUAAAACUAUAACGAAACAAGUCCUUGGGGACAAAAAAUCCAACUAAUUA